ACAAGAUUGUGACCCGAGUUAAAGUGCAACAACCCAUGCAGGAGUUUCAGGUUAAAACCUCUUCUCUUUUAAUCAAAGAACUCUCUGGAGAGCCAAGGCAUUGUCAGGUUCUAGUGGUAUUCCUCAGUUAACCGUGCGAGCUUUUGAUUUUGCGUGACAGAUUACUGCGGACAUCUAUGAGCCACAGAGCAUUGCUUUUGUUGAAGCUACUGCAACUUUCCUCACCAAUGAGCUGCUGCCCCUCGUCGAGAAAACCACCAGACUCAAAGGCACACAUCUCUUUCUCACCAACAGCUGAGCAGCAGAGGUGUGCCCAGUGUCCACAAGGCUUGAUUAAUGGAGAUUUCAUCAUCAAAUACGACGUGAAAAGAGAAAAAGGCUUUGGGGAAAUUCAGGUUGUGAAUGGAUACUUUGACCCUGCCUCUCGCCCGAAACGUUCAGUGAAGAUAGGAACCAGCACCCCUGCUGACCCCACUAAGGACAAGGGUGUAAAGAAAAUGGAUGGAUGGAUGGAAGGAAGGAAGGAACGAACAAACGAACUUAAUUUUGACUCAUUUUAACAACAAACCUAAAUGCACACAUUUAGGUUUGUGGUUAAAAUUAGGAUUUUUUUAGAUCUCAGAAACUCACCAUAAAUGCAACAUGUAACAUCAUUGGUCUAAGGUGGUAAAAUACAGAGGAUUUUGAAUUUUCAGUUGUAAAUCAUUAUGCAAUUAAAACUCCUUUGUAAGCUGUGUUGAAGGAAGGUGCUGCAGAUCGCUGCAACGUAA